AUGGUGCAGACUGCUGCAGCGCUGGAGGUGAAACAGAACGUGCACGGUGCCGGGACAAUGGAUUUGGUCUCAGUCUUGGCGUUGGUGGCCGUCCUGGUCUCUGCUGAGGGAGGUGUUGGACCGAGCACCAACACCAGCUUCUGCACUGAGUCCAAGGAAUGUCUGGAAUAUCAGCUGGUCUGCAAAACGGAUGAAUAUGAGGUGAGACACUACAGCCCCACCCGCUGGGUGUCCACAGAUGCCGAGGCCUACUUCAUGGGUGUAGGUGCAGCGAUGGCCUUCAGGAGACUCUUCCAGUACAUCACCGGAGCCAACGAGGGCGGCCUCCAGAUGGAGAUGACCGCUCCGGUCCUGGUGAAGAUCCCAGAGGAGACCAGGAUGUGGGAGCCGGCCGUCUACACGCUCAACUUCCCGCUGCCGGCGGCCAAUCAGGAGAGACCGCCGACGCCCACCAGCGACAAGCUGUAUUUCACUGAGAUGCCAGAGAUGGACGUCUACGUGAGGAGCUACGGCGGCUGGAUGCUGUCGGUCACCUCCAGGCUUCACGCUCACCUGCUGACUAAAGAACUGGGCAGAGUUGGAGCUUCCUACAACCACAGCUACCACUACGGAGUCGGCUAUGACAGGUCAGACAAAAAACUCUAUCUUUUCUUUGGUAGCACUUUAUAA